UGCUUAGUUUGUUGUCGACCAAACAGUGUUGGCAAACACUUGGUGACAAAAAUGAUUGGAAAACAAUAGAUAAGUUAAAUAAUAGCCACAAAAAAUGCCAGAGAAUGCAGCCAGCUCGGUGCCCACAGAGGCUGGCUUUCGGAACUUGCGCUGCCAACUGUCGGGCAGCACCUUUGGCCAACGGCGCGAGGACAUCUUUCGUCGUGUCCAGGAAAGUGCGCAUCAGAUCUCGCUAAAGUACAAUGGAAAGGAACUGGCCACGGAGAGGGAUGAGUCCGUCCAGGAGCUGUGCGAUUCCUUCGAGGAGCUGCUGUCCUACGGACUGAGACAAUCGGCCAGUGGCUCCUCUUUCAGCGCUGCCAAUAUUAUCCAGAACAUGCAGGAGAUAGUGUCCGGAAAUGCUAUUGGGGGCAGCAACAACAAUGACGCCACUUUCUGGGAGUUUUGCCAGUCGCAUUUGACGCCCCACGAACGGCAGCGGUACAUGGACCUCAAGCAGAUCUGGACCAAUGUGGGCAGAGGGCGUGCCUUCAUUCGCUCUACGCUGAAUGAGAGGCGCCUGCACAGCCAUGUGCUCACCUGGCUGAGCGACGAGGAGCAACUGCAUCGCUACUACACACCCUGGUCGCUGCUGCUCAACGAUGAGGUGGCGAAGAAGCUGCCAGAGAUCUUAGACUCCCUCAGGGAUGUUCUUUUCGCCCUCAAUGUGGACACUACCGAGCUAAAUGCGCCCAGGAGACUGGCAGCCAUUGUCAAAGAGGAACCCAUUAUAAUCGCCCCCAGUCCAGUGCCUGUAAUAGGGCGCCAUAAAAACCGACCAGGCAUUGCCGUGGAGCGGCCCAUUGAGGGCGCCACCUCCACAGAAGAUUUACUGAGUGCACUGACCCCCAUCCAGUCGGUGGAGGUGCAACAACUACUCUCCAAUGACGCAAUCGAACAGGAGUUAGCCACGUCUGUUGAUGAAGUCACUGUGGGUCCGUUCGAUCCCAUUGGUCCUGAGUUGGAGUUUCUCAAGACGCCUCUGCCUGAGAUUUUUCCACAGGCUGCUCCAGAGCCAGAUCUUUACGAAGACCGCAGCGAUACGUCUUCGCAAUGGAGCAAGUCAUCAUCCUCUGCAAACUGCGUGGCCAACAGCCAACAGCAGGCAGCGUUGGAGGAGCAGGUGAAUCAGCUUAACGAAAGAUGCGCUCUCCUGGAAACCCGUGUAGCGGAGUUGAACCUGCAAAACCGGCUGCUCAUCCGAAGGCUCACAAAACAGUUUGAGGAGACCGGCAUUGAUCCCAGCUCAUCGCUCUGCUCCAACUUCCUGAUAACCAUUCCGCAAGUAAAGCUGGCCAAGACACAGCGUACUGGUUCGCACUACACCUAUGAGGUUCACAUCACGAUGAGGCAACGUUUGGAACACUGGACCUUUUUCAGGCGAUACAGCGAGUUCAAUAAGCUGCACAAGACCCUGCUCAAGACACAUCCGGUGGUCAGCGCCGUGGAGUUUCCGCCAAAGAAACAUUUUGGCAACAUGAACCUGGUCUUUGUGGAGGAAAGGCGCCAGCAGCUGCAGAUAUAUCUGCUUAAUCUCGUUGAAGUCCUGCCUCAGGUGGAGGCCUGCAAGUCCAAGGCAGAGCUGCAGAAGGUCUUUCCCUUUUUUAGAGAGAGGUAGCAAUCUCUAAGAAACAUAAGCUAUCAAAACACAACCUAGAGCGCUCGAAAAGAACAAGUAUUCCUCCCUAUAUUAUUUCUAUUUCGUUAUAAAGAUCUUUACUUAUAUGUGUAAAAACGGAGUUGGUCCAAGUGCUGUAAUAAUUGAUAUUAAAUAAAGAUAAGACUUUUUCAUCUCAAAAAAA